AUGGCCCUGCCCCUGGCCCAGGACGUGCGGCUGGAGUACUUGGAGGUGGUGGCCGGCACCAUCCUCAAGUUCAAGGCCGACAGAUGGAACAAGAUGCUGAGCAUGGAGGAGAAUACGGUGCUCUUCACCGACUUCCUGGAGAAGCCGGACGUGCAGGUGCUGGUGCUGACGCUCAACCAGUCCGGCCUGAUCGUGCCCUGCCUGGGCUUCCCCGCCAGCCUCAAGACCAAGGGCGUCUACUUCCUCAAGAAGGCGCCCCAGAACUUGCGCAAGGACAGCUUCAAGGAGCAGCUGCUCUUCGGGGACAUCAGCCCCUCGCCCGUGGAGCAGCUCAUCGCCGUGGUGGAGGAGGUCCUCUACUCGCUGCUGAACCAGAGCGAGAACACAAGCGGCUGGCCCAAGGUGGUCUCGGAGGACAUCGUGAAGCAGGCCCACCGGCUCAAGAACGAGAUGUUCGUGAUGGGGGGCAAGGUGAAGGGGAAGACGCUGCUGCCCAUCCCCGAGCAUCUGGAGAGCCUGGACGGGACCCUGGAGUCCCUGGAGCGGGUCCCCUCCACCCUGGACAACUCGCUGCUCCACUCCAUCGAGACCAUCAUCAUCGACUGGUCCCACCAGAUCCGGGACGUGCUGAGCAAGGACUCGGCGCAGAUGCUGCUCGAGGGGGUCCACCCGCUGCCGAGCAUCGAGUUUGAGUUCUGGGACUCGCGCCUCAUGAACCUCAAGUGCAUCCACGAGCAGCUCAACCGGCCCAAAGUCAACAAGAUAGUUGAGAUUCUAGAGAAAGCCAAAAGCUGUUACUGGCCGGCCCUGCAAAACGUCUAUCUCAACGUCACCGAGGGCCUCAAAGAAGCCAAUGAUAUAGUUUUGUACCUGAAACCGCUGCGCUUCUUGCUGGAAGAGAUGGAGCAAAUGGACUUCAGUAGUGUCCCCACCUUCAUCACCAAGGUGCUGUUCACCAUCUGCUUCAUCUGGGCCAACUCGGAGCACUACAACACGCCGUCUCGGAUCAUCGUGAUCCUGCAGGAGUUUUGUAAUCUGCUCAUCGACACGACCCGCAACUUUCUGGGCCCUGACGAGGUGCUGAAGGGGCUGCAGGGCGAGAUCGAAGAGGUACUGGCGGGCAUUUCGAAGUCGGUGAGAGUGCUUGAGGGCCUGUACCACACCUACAACUACUGCUGCGCCAACAUGGGGCUCUUCUUUAAGGACAAGGACCCCGUGCCCUGGGAAUUCCCUUCUUCCCUGGCCUUUUCCAGGAUGAAUUCCUUCUUUCAUCGAGUGCAGACCAUCGAGAGUCUCUAUAAAACAGCGAUUGAGUUCCUGAAACUGGAGAAGAUCGAAUUGGGUGGGGUGAGGGGGAACAUCCUGGGCAGAGCCGUCACGCAGAUUUACGACGAGGUCUUCGAGCUGGUGAAGGUGUUUGCCGAGUGCAAAUAUGACCCCCUGGACCCGGGAGACCCGAGUUUUGAUGAAGAUUAUGCCGACUUUGAGACCAAAAUCAAGGACCUGGACCACAGACUGGCCACGCUCUUCUGCCAGGGGUUUGACGACUGCUGUUCCAUCGAGUGCUGCUCCAAGGCAUGUGGGAAAAUUCUGUACAUGUGCGGAGGCCUCCUGGAGCGCCCCCUGAUCCUCACCGAGGUGGUACCCCGCUACUCAGUGAUGCUUAACAUGCUCAACACGGAGCUGGACAACGCCAAGAUCCUGUACGACGCCCAGGUGGACGCCUCGGCCACGGGCAACAUCCCCCCCAUCCACAAGAACAUGCCCCCCAUGGCCGGGCAGCUCAAGUGGAGCCUGGAGAUGCAGGAGAGGCUGGAGGCCCCCAUGAGGGACAUUAAGGCCAUUGACCACCCGGCCAUGUCCAGCGUGGAGGCGAAGCUCGUGUACAACAAGUACGAGGAGAUGCUGGCGCUGCUGCAGCUGUACCGCGAGGGCGCCUACGCGCAGUGGGUGGAGCGCGUGGACGCCGACUGCCACUUCAACCUGGGCCAGCCCCUCAUCCAGCGAGACCCCGCCACCAGGCUCAUCCGCGUCAACUUCAGCAAGGCGCUGGUGGCGGUGCUGCGCGAGGUGAAGUACCUGGUGUCACAGCAGCAGAAGGAGAUUCCCCUCAGCGCCGAGGGCCUCUAUGUCCAGAAAGAGACUUUCCGGAAGUUCGUGGGCAACCUGGAGCUCAUUGUCAGCUGGUACAACGAGAUAAACAACACGGUGAUCGGGGUGGAGUAUCCGCUCAUCAAGGCCGAGCUGGAGGCCAUCGACGUGAAGCUGCUGAGUGCCGAGACCACGCUCUUCUGGAACGGGGAAGGUGUCUUUGAGUACAUUCAAGAGAUGCGGGAAAUUCUAUACACCUUGCAGAACAGGGUGCAGAAGGCCAAGCAGAACAUCGAGGGGAUUUCUCAGGCCAUGCAGGAGUGGGCGGCGAACCCCCUGUUCGAGAGGAAGGACGGCAAGAAGGAGGCACUGCUGGACCUGGACGGGAGGGUCGUGAACCUCACCAAACGCUACAUGGCCAUCAAGGAAGCCGGCGUGCGGAUCCAGGCCAUGGUGCAGGAAAACGCAGGGCUGUUCCGGGCAGACACAGUGUCGGCAUCCUGGAAGGAGUAUGUGGGCUACAUCGACAGCAUGGUCCUGGAAGGCCUGGACUCCUUCAUUCGCAAGUCCCUCAGCUACCUCAACGACAACAUGGCCUUUCAUGAGGGCAUGUCACCGCUGUUCGAGGUCCGCAUGGAGCUGGGCGAAGAAGGCCUGACCUUCAACCCGUCGCUGGAGGUGGGCGCCAACCAGGGCUUCCUGGAGCUUUUGGAGGGUCUGGUCAAUGACAUCUACAAUGCUGCCAAGCUCAUCCCACGACUGGCCAAGGGCAAGUUCAGCUACAAGACAGACCUGGAGGACCUCACAGACCUCAUUGACAUACGGGAGGAGCUGUCCAACCUGGUGCUGAGCGCCAUGAAGGAGGCCGAGGAGUACCAAGACUCGCUGGAAAAGUACUCAUACCUGUGGCUGGAUGACCCGCAGGAGUUCAUGAGAAAUUUCCUCACCUAUGGGCGUGCUGUGACGGCUGAGGAGCUGGAGGGCCGGCCCGAGGACAGCAUCCCCAAGUCGCCGCCCACCCUGAAUCAGUUCCAGGAGCAGAUCGACUCGUACGAGAAGAUCUAUGAGGAAGUGUCCAAGUUAGAGAACACCAAGGUUUUCCAUGGCUGGCUGCAGAGCGACUGCCGGCCCUUCAAGCACGCUCUGCUCAACACCAUCCGCCGCUGGAGCCUCAUGUUUAAGCAGCAUCUCAGCGACCAUGUCACCAACAGCCUUGCGGACUUGGAGAACUUCAUGAAGGUGGCCCGGGCGGGCCUGAAGAAGCCCAUCAAGGAGGGUGACUAUGACGGGUUAGUGGAGGUCAUGGGUCACCUGAUGAAGGUCAAGGAGAGGCAGGUGGCCACAGACCACAUGUUCGAGCCACUGAAACAGACCAUCGAGCUGCUGAAAACCUAUGGGGAGGACAUGCCCGAGGAGGUGCACUUGAAGCUGCAGGAGCUGCCUGAGCAGUGGACGACCACCAAGAAGCUGGCCAUCCAGGUGAAGCAGAACGUGGCGCCGCUGCAGGCCAACGAGGUCAGCAUCCUCAGGCGCAAGUGUCAGCAAUUCGAGGUGAAGCAGCAGGAGUUCCGAGAGAAGUUCCGGGAGGAAGCCCCCUUCUCCUUCAGCAGCCCCGAGCCCUACAAGGCCCUGAACAAGCAACAAAAGAGCAUCGCAGCCAUGAAGAGCAGCAUGGAGGCGCUGCUCAAGUCAGGGAGUCUUUUCGAGGUGUCUGUCCCUGACUACAAGCAGCUCAAAGCCUGCCACAAGGAGAUCUGCAUGCUGAAGGAGCUAUGGGACAUGAUCGUGCUGGUCAACACGAGCAUCGAGGACUGGAAGACCACCAAGUGGAAGGACAUCAACGUGGAACAGAUGGACAUCGACUGCAAGAAGUUCGCAAAGGAUGUGCGCUCCCUGGACAAGGAGAUGAAGACCUGGGACGCUUUCGUGGGGCUGGAUAACACUGUGAAGAACAUGCUGACAUCGCUGCGGGCUGUGAGCGAGCUGCAGAACCCUGCCAUCCGCGAGCGCCACUGGCAGCAGCUCAUGCAGGCCACACAGGUGAAGUUUGAAAUGUCUGACGAGACCACCCUGGCCGACCUGCUGCAGCUCAACCUGCACCGUUACGAGGACGAGGUCCGCGGCAUCGUGGACAAGGCGGUGAAGGAGUCAGGCAUGGAGAAGGUGCUGAAGGCCCUGGACAGCACCUGGUCCACCAUGGUGUUUGAACACGAGGUGCACCCCCGCACCGGUGUCACCAUACUCAAGUCAGAUGAGGUGCUUGUGGAGACGCUGGAGGACAACCAGGUGCAGCUGCAGAACCUCAUGAUGUCCAAAUACCUGUCGCACUUCCUGAAGGAGGUGACGAGCUGGCAGCAGAAGCUGUCGACAGCCGACUCGGUCAUCUCCAUCUGGUUCGAGGUGCAGCGGACCUGGAGCCACCUUGAGAGCAUCUUUAUCGGCUCCGAGGACAUCCGCAUGCAGUUGCCCGAAGACUCCCGUCUCUUUGACAACAUCGACAGAGAAUUCAAGGCACUGAUGGAAGAUGCGGUGAAGACCCCCAAUGUGGUGGAGGCCACCAACAAACCGGGGCUCUUUAACCAGCUAGAGAACCUGAAGAAGAGCUUGGCUGUGUGUGAGAAAGCAUUGGCUGAGUACUUGGAGACGAAGCGUUUGGCCUUCCCCAGGUUCUAUUUUGUGUCUUCUGCUGACCUCCUGGACAUCUUGUCCAAUGGCAAUGACCCGGUGGAGGUGAGCCGCCACCUGUCCAAGCUCUUCGACAGCCUGUGUAAGCUGAAGUUCCAGCUGGGGCCCGAUGGCAAGGCUCUCAAGACAGGGCUUGGCAUGUACAGCAAGGAGGACGAGUAUGUGGCCUUCGACCAGGACUGCGACCUCUCGGGGCAGGUGGAGGUCUGGCUGAACCGAGUGCUAGACCGGAUGUGUGCUACGCUGCGCCAUGAGAUCCCAGAAGCCGUGGUGACAUAUGAGGAGAAGCCUCGAGAGCAGUGGAUCUUCGAUUACCCGGCCCAGAUCGCGCUCACAUGCACGCAGAUCUGGUGGACUACAGAGGUGGGCCUGGCGUUUGCCAGGUUGGAGGAGGGUUAUGAAAACGCAAUCAAAGACUACAACAAAAAGCAGAUCAGCCAGCUGAAUGCGCUCAUCACGCUGCUCAUCGGGAGCCUGAGCCCGGGUGACAGGAUGAAAAUCAUGACCAUCUGCACCAUCGACGUGCACGCUCGGGAUGUGGUGGCCAAGAUGAUCGUCGGGAAGGUGGAGAGCUCGCAGGCCUUCACGUGGCAGUCGCAGCUGCGGCACCGCUGGGACGAGGAGAAGCGCCACUGCUUCGCCAACAUUUGCGACGCGCAGAUCCUGUACUCCUACGAGUACCUGGGCAACACGCCACGCCUCGUCAUCACCCCACUCACCGACAGAUGCUACAUCACCCUCACCCAGUCGCUCCACCUGAUCAUGGGGGGCGCCCCCGCGGGUCCCGCUGGGACAGGCAAGACAGAGACCACUAAGGACCUGGGCCGAGCACUGGGCACCAUGGUGUAUGUCUUCAACUGCUCCGAGCAGAUGGACUACAAGUCCUGCGGGAACAUCUACAAGGGCCUGGCCCAGACAGGAGCCUGGGGCUGCUUCGAUGAGUUCAACCGCAUCUCGGUGGAAGUGCUGUCGGUGAUCGCAGUGCAGGUGAAAUGCGUCCAGGACGCCAUCCGGGCCAAGAAGAAGACGUUCAACUUCCUGGGCGAGAUGAUCAGCCUCAUCCCCUCCGUGGGCAUCUUCAUCACCAUGAACCCCGGCUAUGCCGGCCGCACCGAGCUCCCAGAGAACCUCAAGGCGCUGUUCAGGCCCUGCGCCAUGGUCGUACCCGACUUUGAGCUCAUCUGCGAGAUCAUGCUGGUGGCUGAGGGCUUCCUGGACGCGCGUCUCCUGGCCAGGAAGUUCAUCACCCUCUACACCUUGUGCAAGGAGCUGCUGUCCAAGCAGGAUCACUACGACUGGGGUCUGCGGGCCAUCAAGUCUGUGCUGGUGGUGGCCGGCUCCCUGAAGAGGGGGGACCCCAACCGGGCAGAGGACCAGGUGCUCAUGCGGGCGCUCAGGGACUUCAACAUUCCCAAGAUCGUGACCGACGACCUGCCCGUGUUCAUGGGGCUCAUUGGGGACCUUUUCCCAGCCCUGGACGUGCCCCGCAAGCGGGACCUGAACUUCGAGAAGGUCAUCAAGCAGAGCGUGGUGGAGCUGCGGCUGCAGGCCGAGGACAGCUUUGUGCUCAAGGUGGUGCAGCUGGAGGAACUGCUGCAAGUGCGACACUCAGUCUUCAUCAUCGGCAACGCCGGCAGCGGCAAGUCCCAGGUCCUCAAGUCACUGAACAAGACCUACCAGAACAUGAAAAGAAAGCCGGUGGCCAUUGACCUAGACCCCAAGGCUGUCACCUGUGACGAACUUUUCGGCAUCAUCAACCCGGCCACCAGGGAGUGGAAAGAUGGCCUCUUCUCCACCAUCAUGCGGGACCUGGCCAACAUCACCCACGAUGGCCCCAAGUGGAUCGUGCUGGACGGGGACAUAGACCCCAUGUGGAUCGAAUCCCUCAACACUGUCAUGGAUGACAACAAGGUGCUCACGUUGGCCAGCAACGAGCGGAUCCCCCUGAACCGCACCAUGAGGCUCGUGUUUGAGAUCAGCCACCUUCGAACUGCCACACCAGCCACCGUGUCGCGCGCAGGGAUUCUCUACAUCAACCCCGCCGACCUAGGCUGGAACCCGGUGGUGAGCAGCUGGAUCGAGAGGCGCAAAGUGCAGUCGGAAAAGGCCAACCUGAUGAUCCUCUUCGACAAGUACCUGCCCACCUGCCUAGACAAAUUGCGCGUGGGCUUCAAGAAGAUCACACCGGUGCCCGAAAUCACCACCAUCCAGACGCUGCUCUACCUGCUCGAGUGUCUCCUCACUGAGACCACUGUGACGCCCGACUCUCCCAAGGAGCUCUACGAGCUCUACUUUGUCUUUGCCUGCUUCUGGGCCUUUGGCGGAGCCAUGUUCCAGGACCAGCUCAUAGACUACCGGGUAGAAUUCAGCCGCUGGUGGGUGAACGAGUUUCGCAGCAUCAAGUUCCCGUCGCAAGGCAGCAUGUUUGACUACUACAUUGACCCCGACACCAAGAAGUUCCUGCCCUGGACCGACAAGGUGCCCAGCUUCGAACUGGACCCCGACAUCCCGCUACAGGCCUCCCUCGUGCACACCACAGAGACCAUCCGUAUCCGCUACUUCAUGGAUCUGCUCAUGGAAAAGGGGUGGCCCGUCAUGCUGGUAGGCAAUGCGGGCACUGGGAAGUCAGUGCUGAUGGGGGACAAGCUGGCCAGCCUCAGCUCCGACGAGUACCUGGUACAGGCUGUGCCCUUCAACUUCUACACCACCUCUGCCAUGCUGCAGGGGGUCCUGGAGAAGCCCCUGGAGAAGAAGUCAGGGCGUAACUAUGGGCCCCCCGGCACCAAGAAGCUCAUCUACUUCAUCGACGACAUGAACAUGCCAGAGGUGGACAAAUAUGGCACCGUGGCGCCCCACACGCUUAUCCGCCAGCACAUGGACCACGGGCAUUGGUACGACAGGCAGAAGCUGACACUGAAGGAUGUACACAACUGUCAGUACGUGGCCUGCAUGAACCCCACGUCGGGCUCCUUCACCAUCGACCCCCGGCUCCAGAGGCAUUUCUGCGUGUUUGCCGUCAGCUUCCCAGGCCAGGAGGCGCUCACAACCAUCUACAACACCAUCCUGAGCCAGCACCUGUCCUACCGUUCCGUCCCCAUGGUCGUGCAGCGGCUAAGUGGCCAGCUGGUGGCCUCGGCUCUAGCCCUUCACCAGAAAGUCACGACCACCUUCCUCCCCACGGCCAUCAAGUUCCACUACAUCUUCAACCUCAGGGAUCUCUCCAACAUCUUCCAGGGCAUCUUGUUCUCCACCAUAGAGAUUCUGAGGAGCCCCCUGGAACUGGUCCGCCUCUGGCUCCACGAAUCCGAGCGUGUGUACGGCGACAAGAUGGUGGAUGACAAAGACCAGGAGACCCUGCGCCGGGUCACCAUGGCCUCCACCAAGAAGUUCUUCGAUGACCUCGGGGAAGAGAACCUGUUUGCCAAACCCAACAUGUAUUGCCACUUCGCACAAGGCGUCGGAGACUCCAAGUACUUCGUGGUGAGCGACGUGGCGUUCUUGAACAAGAUCCUUGUGGACGCCCUGGACAGCUACAACGAGGUCAACGCCGUCAUGAACUUGGUACUGUUCGAAGACGCGGUGGCUCACGUCUGCCGCAUCAACCGCAUCCUGGAGGCGCCACGCGGCAACGCCCUGCUGGUGGGUGUGGGCGGCAGUGGCAAGCAAAGCCUGUCCCGCCUGGCUGCCUACAUCAGCGCCCUCGACGUCUUCCAGAUCACCCUCAAGAAGGGCUACGCCAUCCCCGACCUUAAGCUGGACCUGGCGAGCCAGUACAUCAAGGCGGCGGUGAAGAACGUGCCCUCGGUGUUCCUGAUGACCGACUCACAGGUGGCCGAGGAGCAGUUCCUGGUGCUGAUCAACGACCUGCUGGCCUCAGGCGAGAUCCCGGGGCUGUUCUCGGAUGACGAGGUAGAAAACAUCAUCGCCUCCAUGCGGCCACAGGUCAAGUCGCAGGGCCUCACCGACACGCGUGAAGCCUGCUGGAAGUUCUUCAUCGACAAAGUGCGCCGACAGCUCAAGGUGAUUCUGUGUUUCUCCCCGGUGGGCUCCGUCCUGCGUGUGCGUGCAAGAAAGUUCCCCGCCGUGGUCAACUGCACGGCCAUCGACUGGUUUCGAGAGUGGCCAGAAGAAGCACUGGUGUCAGUCAGUGGCCGCUUCCUGGAGGAGACGGAGGGCAUUCAGCCGGAAGUCAAGCACUCCAUCAGCCUCUUCAUGUCCUACGUGCACACGACGGUCAACGAGAUGUCCAAAGUGUACCUGGCCACCGAGCGCCGCUACAACUACACCACGCCCAAGACCUUCCUGGAGCAGAUCAAGCUCUACCAGAACCUGCUGUACAAGAAGCAGCUGGAGCUAGUGGCCAAGAUCGAGCGGCUGGAGAAUGGCCUAAUGAAGCUACAGAGCACGGCGUCGCAGGUGGAUGACCUGAAGGCCACACUAGCGAUCCAGGAAGCUCAGCUGAAGCAGAAGAACGAGAAUGCAGACAAAUUGAUCCAGGUAGUGGGCGUGGAGACGGAGAAAGUCAGCAAGGAGAAGGCCGUGGCCGACGAGGAGGAGAUCAAAGUGGAGAUUAUCAACAAGAAUGUCACUGAGAAGCAGAAGGCCUGUGAGAUGGACCUGGCCAAGGCCGAGCCCGCACUGCUGGCCGCUCAAGAGGCCCUGGACACCCUGAACAAGAACAAUCUGACUGAGCUGAAGUCCUUUGGGUCCCCACCUGAUGCUGUGGUCAAUGUCACGGCCGCCGUCAUCAUCCUGACGGCCCCGGGGGGCAAGAUCCCCAAGGACAAGAGCUGGAAGGCGGCCAAAAUCAUGAUGGGCAAAGUGGACGCCUUCCUGGACUCGCUGAAGAAGUUCGACAAGGAGCACAUCCCGGAGGCCUGCCUGAAGGCCUUCAAGCCCUACCAAGGCAACCCCACGUUCGACCCUGAGUUCAUCCGCUCCAAGUCCACGGCAGCCGCCGGCCUGUGCUCCUGGUGCAUCAACAUCGUGCGUUUCUACGAGGUUUACUGUGACGUAGCACCCAAAAGGCAGGCCCUGGAGGAGGCGAACGCGGAACUGGCCGAGGCGCAGGAGAAGCUGACCCGCAUCAAGAACAAGAUCGCCGAACUCAAUGCCAACCUCAACAACCUGACGUCAGAAUUUGAGAAAGCCACGGCUGAGAAGAUCAAAUGCCAGCAAGAAGCCGAUGCCACUAACCGCGUCAUCUCGCUGGCUAACAGGCUGGUCGGAGGGCUGGCGUCGGAGAACGUGCGUUGGGCCGAGUCGGUGGAGAACUUCAAGAGCCAGGGUGUCACACUGUGUGGGGACGUGCUGCUCAUCUCUGCCUUCGUCUCCUACGUGGGCUACUUCACCAAGAAGUACCGCAACGAACUCAUGGACAAGUUCUGGAUUCCCUACAUCGACCACCUGGAGGUGCCCAUCCCCAUCACAAAGGGCCUGGACCCCCUCACCCUGCUGACCGACGACGCCGACGUGGCCUCGUGGAACAAUCAGGGCCUCCCCAGUGACCGCAUGUCCACGGAGAACGCCACGAUCCUGUGCAACACGGAGCGCUGGCCGCUCAUCGUGGACGCCCAGCUGCAGGGGAUCAAGUGGAUCAAGAACAAAUACGGCCUAGACCUCAAGUCCAUCCGCCUGGGACAGAAGAACUACCUGGACAUCAUCGAGCAGGCUAUCUCCUCAGGGGACACCUUACUCAUCGAGAACAUCGGGGAGACCGUGGAACCCGUGCUGGACCCUCUGCUGGGCAGGAACACCAUCAAAAAGGGAAAGUUCAUCAAGAUUGGGGACAAGGAGGUGGAGUAUCACCCCAAUUUCCGCCUGAUCCUGCACACCAAGUAUUUCAACCCGCACUACAAGCCCGAGAUGCAGGCUCAGUGCACCCUCAUCAACUUCCUCGUCACCAGGGACGGGCUGGAGGACCAGCUCCUGGCUGCCGUGGUGGCCAAAGAGCGCCCCGACCUGGAGCAGCUGAAGGCCAACCUGACCAAGUCUCAGAACGAGUUCAAGAUCGUCCUCAAGGAACUGGAGGACUCGCUGCUGGCCCGGCUGUCGGCCGCAUCGGGCAACUUCCUGGGAGACACGGCGCUGGUGGAGAAUCUGGAGAUCACCAAGCACACGGCCAGGGAGAUCGAGGAGAAGGUACAAGAGGCAAAAAUCACAGAAUUGAAAAUCAACGAGGCUCGAGAGAACUACCGGCCGGCAGCUGAGCGGGCGUCCCUGCUCUACUUCAUUCUCAAUGAUCUCAACAAGAUCAACCCUAUCUACCAGUUCUCGCUCAAGGCCUUCAACGUGGUGUUCGAGAAGGCCAUCCAGAGGACCCCCGCCUCAGAUGACGUUCGGCAGCGCGUGGCGAGCCUCACGGACGAAAUUACCUACUCCGUCUUCAUGUACACGGCGCGUGGCCUCUUUGAGCGCGACAAGCUCAUCUUCCUGGCUCAGGUGACGUUCCAGGUCUUGUCCAUGAAGAAGGAGCUGAACCCCGUGGAGCUGGAUUUUUUGCUGCGCUUCCCAUUCAAGGCUGGGGUGCAGUCCCCUGUGGACUUCCUGCAGCACCAGGGCUGGGGCGGCAUCAAGGCCCUGGCGGAGAUGGACGAGUUCAAGAACCUGGACAGCGACAUCGAGGGUUCGGCUAAGCGGUGGAAGAAGCUGGUGGAGUCGGAGGCACCGGAGAAGGAGAUCUUCCCCAAGGAGUGGAAGAACAAGACGGCGCUGCAGAAGCUCUGCAUGGUGCGCUGCAUGAGGCCGGACCGCAUGACCUACGCUGUCAAGAACUUCGUGGAGGAGAAGAUGGGCAGCAAGUUCGUGGAGGGCCGCAGCGUGGAGUUCUCCAAGUCCUUCGAGGAGAGCAGCCCGUCCACCCCCAUCUUCUUCAUCCUCUCCCCGGGCGUGGACCCCCUCAAGGACGUGGAGGCGCUGGGGAAGAAGCUGGGCUUCACCAUCGACAACGGGAAGCUGCACAACGUGUCUCUGGGCCAGGGCCAGGAGGUGGUGGCCGAGAACGCCCUGGACGUGGCGGCCGAGCAAGGCCACUGGGUCAUCCUGCAGAACAUCCAUCUGGUGGCACGCUGGCUCAGCACCCUGGACAAGAAGGUGGAGCGCUACAGCACCGGCAGCCACCAGGACUACCGCGUGUUCAUCAGCGCGGAGCCGGCGCCCAGCCCUGAGUCCCACAUCAUCCCUCAGGGCAUCCUGGAGAACGCCAUCAAGAUCACCAACGAGCCGCCCACGGGCAUGUAUGCCAACCUGCACAAGGCGCUGGACCUCUUCACGCAGGACACCCUGGAGAUGUGCUCUAAGGAGCUGGAGUUCAAGUGCAUCCUCUUCGCCUUGUGCUACUUCCAUGCCGUGGUGGCCGAGAGACGCAAGUUCGGGGCACAGGGCUGGAACAGGUCGUACCCCUUCAACAACGGAGACCUCACCAUCUCCAUCAACGUGCUUUACAACUACCUGGAGGCCAACCCCAAGGUGCCCUGGGAUGACCUCCGCUACUUGUUCGGGGAGAUCAUGUACGGGGGUCACAUCACAGACGACUGGGAUCGGCGCCUCUGCAGGACCUACCUGCUGGAGUUCGUGCGGCCUGAGAUGCUGGAGGGCGAGGUCAUGCUGGCGCCCGGCUUCCACAUCCCCCCAAACCUGGACUAUAAGGGCUACCAUGAGUAUGUCGACGAGAGCCUGCCUCCCGAGAGCCCCUAUCUGUACGGCCUGCACCCCAACGCUGAGAUCGGCUUCCUGACGGUCACCUCAGACAAGCUCUUCCGCACAGUCCUGGAGAUGCAGCCCAAAGAAAGUGACGCAGGCGGGGGCACAGGGGUGUCCCGGGAGGAGAAGGUGAAGGCCGUGUUGGAUGAAAUCCUGGACAAGAUCCCAGAGACGUUCAACAUGGCUGAGAUCAUGGCCAAGGCGGCCGAAAAGACACCCUACGUGGUGGUGGCCUUCCAGGAGUGUGAGCGCAUGAAUGCCCUCACCAGUGAGCUGCGGCGCUCACUCAAAGAGCUCAGCCUGGGGCUCAAGGGGGAGCUGACCAUCACCACGGACAUGGAGGACCUAUCCACAGCACUCUUUUAUGACACGGUACCUGAAACCUGGAUGGCCCGGGCCUACCCAUCCAUGAUGGGCCUGGCGGCCUGGUACGCUGACCUCCUGCUCCGUGUGAGGGAGCUGGAGGCCUGGACCACGGACUUCGUUCUGCCGACAGCCGUGUGGCUAGCGGGCUUCUUCAACCCACAGUCAUUCCUCACGGCCAUCAUGCAGUCGAUGGCCCGCAAGAACGAGUGGCCGCUGGACAAGAUGUGCCUGUCUGUGGAGGUCACCAAGAAGAACCGGGAGGACAUGACGGCACCGCCCCGGGAGGGCUCCUACGUCUACGGCCUCUUCAUGGAAGGCGCUCGCUGGGACGUGCAGAGCGGCGUGAUCGCGGAGGCACGACUGAAGGAGCUGACGCCUGCCGUGCCGGUCAUCUUCAUCCGGGCCAUCCCUGUGGACCGCAUGGACACCAAAAACAUCUACGAGUGCCCCGUGUACAAGACACGCCUCCGCGGUCCCACCUAUGUCUGGACCUUCAACCUCAAGACCAAAGAGAAGGCGGCCAAGUGGGUCCUGGCAGGGGUAGCGCUGUUGCUGCAAGUAUAGGGCUGAGACCCAACCCCUGGAGG